AUGGCUAUCUCCUCUAAGGUGGAUCCCGGUAUACAAACCAACAUCUCGACAGUCCCCGAGGACAAACCCAAUGCCUCCAAUAACUCAUCUCGACCGCCAUUUUUUCGAAGCACGCUCUUUCAAAUUCUAAUCGUUGGCCUAUGUGCCUUUUGUGCCCCGGGAAUAUGGAGCGCCAUGAAUGGCCUCGGAGUAGGCGGGUCCCAAAGUCCCGACCUGGUCAACGCGGCCAACGCUCUCCUCUACGCCUUCAUGACAGUGACAUGUUUUGCGGGGCCAUGGAUUACCAACAUCAUUGGGUUCCGCUGGACUCUCGCCCUGGGAUCGAUAGGGUAUCCGCUAUACGCAGCAGGGCUGUACCUGAACAAUCGCACUGGUGCAACCUGGCUUGUGUACCUGGGCUCCGUGACCUGUGGUCUCAGCGCGGGAUUUUUCUGGAGUGUCGAAGGUGCCAUUGCGACUGGUUACCCUGAGCAACAUAAACGUGGUCGAUAUAUUGCGACGUGGUUUACUUUUCGCAAUUUCGGCAAUAUCAUCGGUGGCGCCGUCUCGUUGGGAAUCAAUCAUAAGGUCAAUCACCGAGGAAAAGUCGGAUAUCAGACAUAUCUUGCCUUUAUCGCAAUUCAGUGCCUAGGUCUAUUCUUUGGAUUAUUCCUUUCGAAUCCAGAGAAAGUGCAAAGAGAUGACAACACCAAGAUUGAAGCCCCUCAGGGUAUCCACUGGCGAGACGAGGCUAAGGCCAUGUGGCGAUUACUGAGAAGCAAAUCCAUCCUACUCCUUGUCCCGCUGUUCUGGUACUUCGGAUGGAUCCAGGCCUACCCCGGUACAUAUCUUGCGACCUAUUUCACAGUACGAUCGCGAGCGCUGGGUAGCUUCAUGUCUGCCGUAGUUGGCACCCUUGCGACUUGGCUCGGUGGCUCUCUCGUUGAUCUCCCAUGGAUCAAGAGUCGAAAGCGCCGCGCGAUCAUCACAUACAUCCUCAUUGCCCUUUUGAACAGUGCAACUUGGAUCUGGGCCGUCAUCAUUCAGAAUGAAUACAGACAUACCAACCCUGUCUUGGACUGGGGAAACCAGCGUGCUUUUGGCCGUGGCUUCGGGCUGUAUCUCUUCGAGCGGAUCAGUCUGGGCUUAGUGGAGAACUAUAUUUACUGGUGCAUUGGCAAUCUUUCGGACUCGCCUGGUGACCAAAUUCGAUACAGCUCGCUACUCAGAGGUAUCGAGACAGCAGGGGUGGCUGUGGGAUUCGGUGUCCAAGCUGUGCCCACUGCAUUGAUUGCUACCGCAAGUAUCAAUUUUGGGCUGUGGUUUUUGGCAUUGCCGUUUAGUUACUAUGCUACAUUGCAAGUUGUGCGCAAGUUUGAGAGCUCAGCACAAAAGUCUGCUGGUUUACAGACAGAGGAAGAGGGCAAUGCGGCAGUCGUGGUUCAUUAA